AUGCUUCCAGAUGCUCUGGUUCUAGAGUCAUCAAACUUGAGCAAUAAAGAAUCGGUUGAUUUGUAUGUUGAAGAAAACGAUCCCGAACUUGAACUACGACUGGUGUCAAGUACGCGAUCUUCAACCCACUCACCACGAUCGCAUGAUAUGUCAAGCCCCUUCAUUACAAACCCGCAAUCGCCACAACAAGAGGGACCAAGUCAUUCCGGUGUCAGCAGAGAAGAUAAAAAUACUAGCAGAAAAACAGUUGAUGUGUUCAGCUCGCCCAGGCAGACUACAAAGAGACACCAGGAUUUUGGUAAUGAACUGGGGAAGCACUCACCGAUCAGGAACGAAUCGUUUGUUGACAAUUCACUUGAUUAUCCAAAUCAAACCCCGAUAAAACUCCAGAACCAAAAUGUGUCACCGUGGAGACAAUUUCGACCUCCAAGCAGCCUCAUUGCACUGCAAGGAUCAUCCAGCAUCUUUGAUAACAAACCAAAUUUAAAAUACACAAGCACCACUGUCCCCCAAUCUACAGAUACAGAAACAAACACCCAUUCAGAAACUGAAGAUCUUAACAAACAAUUGGUACAUUACAGACUAAAACUUAAAGUGAUGAAGGAAUUUUUGCAAGAUUUGAUUAAGGAGAAAAGAAUUGAUCCGAAUGAGAUUGGUCCGAUCAUGGCCGACGUGGACGUCUAUUCAAACCAACUGCUGCUCGAAAAACAAAUUCAUCAGCUUCAAGUUGAUAGGAACGAGUCACUAGAAAUUAUGGAUGGUUUGCGCGCAAACCUCGAAGAGUUUGAACGAUGUAGUAAAGAUCAAGAUGUCAAAAUAGCAGACUUGAACAAUAUCAUUGAAAAGUGUCGGGAGUUGAUCAGUGAGUUUGCAGCGCAUUUACAAAAUGACGAAAAGACAGAAGUUUGGAGGAGUGUACUUCACCAGCUGGCAGCUAUGCCGCUUUCUGUACAAGUAGAGGGCCUUAUUCAGAUUGCAAGUGGAUUGAUACAGCUGUCAGUCAAUGGAGGAAUCCACACUUCAAAUACACAAAGUCCACCAUCAACUCCACCUUUAUCAACUUGCCAGCUGGAUGGGAACAUUGAUUUAGCAAAACAGAUUGAAAAAUUGGAAUGUGAAAAGGACAAGCUUUUGCAACUAAAUGCUCAACUUGAAACGGAUUUAAAUGAAAAGACUCAAGAGGCUCAAAAAUUGCGUACGGAGCUUGAAACGACUGUCGAGUCAAACAUGUUAUUGAAAGAAAAGAUGGAGUUAGAAGGAAAAGAAAACGCUGAACAGGUGACACAUUUGAAGGCUGUGAUUGAAAAGUUCGAGCAUGACCUGAAGAACCAAGACUAUAAUUACGCUGCGAUUGAUGGUAAGGACAGGGUGAUACCUUCUUCACAGUAUGAAAGUUUGGUCAUAGAGCAUCAAGAUCUUCAAAAAGCUUACGACUCUCUACUCAAUGAGCUCAACGAUUUCAGGGAAUCUGCUGCUCGACAAUCUCGCCUUGAUGUGAUGGAGAAAGAAAAGCAAAAUAGCUCCAAUCUGGAAACCACGUAUCUCAGUGAGCAAAAUAAUAAAGUGGCAGAACUUCGAGGUGAGCUUGAUCUAGCGUUGAAGAAGCAACAACUACACGAGUCAGAGUUAGCGCAGAAGACGUACAUAAAUUCGCAACUUCACAAGGAGAAUGAACAAUUACAGAUAAAGUUGAAGAAAAUGACUGAUUUUGUUACUUAUACAACCACUGAUGAGAAAGAACGAGUCAUGAAAAAGUUAUCGGUUAUGGAAUUUCAGUUCAAAGACUUGUUGAAAUUUGACUUGAGUGAAUUUCAAAAAUUGAUACAAUCACUCAACAAAGUAGCCGAGGAUGAAUCGUUACUCAAUCCAGUCAAGAAAUAUGAACGAAUCAAAAAGGCUUUAGUUGGUGAUAUUGAUGAAAGUAGUAUUCGAAUCAUGAGAGAAAAUCAUAAAUCGGUAUUUGAAUACUUUGUAAGAGCAACUGACAUAUUGAUCAACAAUUAUGUGAGAUUAUUGCUUGCUGAAAAUUGUGAACAAUCCACUGAGAAAUUGGAAAAACAAAUGACGAAGCUCAAGGAACAGAAUUCACUUUUGAAGAAUGAAUUGGAAAAACUCUACAAACAGGUACAGGAAUCUGCCAUAACAGAGAUGGAGUCAGCAACAUCACGAUUGAGAUUGGACGACAUGAGACAGAAGUGGAAAGCUGAGAGGGAAAGGCGACUAAUGGAGGAUAGGGAAGCACAAAAGCGAUAUAGCGAACUAAGAAGUGAAAUAGCCAGACUCCAAUCUGGGUCAUGA